AUGACGUUGCCAUGGAAACAGUUCCUUCUGUUAUCGAUCAUCGAGUGUUUGACUGACAGUCUGGACAGCGGGUUGUACCAUGGUCCAAGAUGGCGAAUGGAGCCAGGUGAUCUGUUCAUUCCAGUGGACUCCAUAGAGGAAGAGGCGACUCUGACUUGUGAUGCCAAGAGUACCCCACCUCCUCAGUAUAGAUGGUCGCUGAAUGGGACUUUCAUAAAUCUGAGCCUGGAUCGACGGCGGCGUCUGUCAGGGGGCAACCUCAUUAUAAGCAGCCUAGACCGCUACCAGGAUGUAGGCGUCUACCAAUGUAUGGCCUACAACACUGCAGGAGCAAUCCUCAGCAGGAGAGCACAUCUCAAGUUUGCCUACUUGGAUCAUUUCAAAGUGCACACCAGAAGUGCUGUGUCGGUCCGAGAGGGACAAGGAGUGGUGUUGCUUUGCGGAACGCCUACUUCCUCAGGAGAUCUUUCAUAUGCGUGGGUCUUUAAUGAGUACCCAUACUUCGUCCAGCAAGACAAUCGUCGCUUUGUCUCUCAGCAGACAGGAAACCUUUACAUCGCCAAGGUGGAGCCAUCUGACGUAGGCAACUACACUUGCGUUGUGAUGAAUAGCAUCACAAAGGGCAAAGUUCAUAGCUCACCAACAUCUCUCAUUCUCAGGACAGAUGGAGUGAUGGGUGAAUAUGAGCCAAAAAUAGAAGUUAAUUUCCCAGACAAUGUACCCGCAGCAAAAGGAUCAACAGUUACACUGGAGUGUUUCGCUCUCGGGAAUCCUGUCCCAGAGAUCACCUGGAAGAGGGCCAAUGGAGUUCCAUUCCCCAGCAAAGUCAAAAUGAAGUAUGCCAAUGCAGUGUUAGAGAUCCCCAGCUUCCAGCAGGAGGAUACAGGAGGAUAUGAGUGUGUGGUUGAGAAUAAGAUGGGAAAGAAUACAGCCACAGGUCGUCUGGCUUUCUAUGCCAAGCCUCAGUGGAUUCAGACCAUGAAGGACACAGCCCUGGCUAUUGAAGAGAAUUUAAACUGGGAAUGUCGGGCCAGCGGCAAACCCAAACCUAUUCACACGUGGCUGAAGAAUGGCCAGCAGCUACUCUCCAGGGAUAGGAUCCUUGUGAAGGACGGCACUCUGUCUGUGUCUGUGCUAACACUUUCCGAUGCUGGAAUGUACCAGUGUGUGGCCGAGAACGAACACAGCAUUAUAUAUUUUGCUGCUGAACUAAUGGUUUUGGCCUCUCCUCCAGACUUCACAGGGACUGUCCUUCGAGCUUUACUUAAGGCCAAGGCAGGAAGUACAGUUACACUGGAGUGUAAACCCCAAGCAUAUCCCUUGGCCAGCAUUUUAUGGAAGAAAGGAAACCUUCCCAUUCUUACCAAUAACAGAAUCACCCUUUCACCAGAUGGAACACUGAGGCUUGCCAAUGUGAGCAAGUCGGACGCAGGCAGCUACACAUGCUUCGCUAGGAAUAGAUUUGGCAUGUCGAGUACAACUGGAAGGCUUCUUGUUACAGAUCCAACCAGAUUUAUCCAGGGCCCAGUAGACAUGGAAAUUAUCGUAGGCGAGAGUAUCGUGUUACCCUGUCAGGUGACCAGCGAUCCAGUGCUCGACGUUUCUUUUUCAUGGGCCUUCAACGGACAGCUUAUCAUCAGUGAUGACGGUCACUUUGAACUCGUAGGCGGGAGAGGUGCAGGAGACCUGAUGAUCAGGAAUAUUCAGCUAAACCACACAGGCAAAUACAUCUGUGUGGUGGACACAGAUGUGGAAAGCCUCUCAGCCGUGGCUGUAGUGAUCGUAAAAGGCCCGCCCAGCCCACCAGACUCUGUGACAGUGGAGGAGGUGACAGACAGCACCGCCCAACUGGCAUGGACCCCUGGACAGGAUAACGGAAGCCCCCUCAUCAACUACGUCAUUCAGACCAGGACACUUUUCACUGUGGGCUGGCAAAAGGUUAACACAGUCCCAGAAACAAUUGACGGGAGCACACUGACAGCCACUGUGGUGGAUCUUAACGCAUGGAUGGAGUAUGAGUUUCGAGUUCUGGCAAGAAACGGUGUUGGAGUUGGAGAACCCAGCCCUGUGUCAAUCAAGACAAGGACAGAAGAUGCAGUGCCUGAUGCAGCGCCAGGUGAUGUGGGAGGAGGAGGCGGAAGCAGGACAGAGUUGGUCAUCACAUGGGAGCCUGUCCCCGAAGAACUACAGAAUGGUGAAAGCUUUGGUUACAUCAUUGCUUUCCGAGCCUUUGGAGAAGUCAGCUGGACCCACGUAGCCACCUCUGCCCCUGGCGCCUCCCGCUAUGUGUACCGCAAUGAGAGCAUUGCACCCUUCUCCCCAUUCCACGUCAAGGUUGGCACGUAUAACAGCAAAGGGCAGGGUCCCUUCAGCCCUGUGGUCACUAUCUACUCUGCAGAGAUUGAGCCAAGUGGUGUGCCAGUAGGUGUUUGGGCCAGGAGUGUCUCCGCCUAUGAGAUCGAGGUCAAUUGGCAGGCUCUCUCCUUCACCCCUGAAAGGGUUCUCGGCUAUGAGGUCGUGUACUGGGAAGAUGACACAAAACCAGAGACCAUGGGGAAGGUUCGGGUACCAUGGAACCACACCUCUAUUACAGUUAGUGGCUUAGCAGGGCACACACAAUAUUUCCUGACUGUCAGCGCCUUCAACACAGCGGGAACAGGCCCCUUCCUUCCUGCAAUCAAUGUAACCACAAAAAAACCCCCACCCUCCCAACCACCACUGGAUGUUGAAUGGACUCUAAUUGGCUCCCAACUUUCUCUUUACUGGGAGCCAGUCAUUGCACUGGAGUCAGAGUCAGAAGUGACAGGUUACCAACUUUCAUACAGGAGAAGUCAACACAGAGAUGUUAAUACAUUCACAACGACCAAUUCAACAGCUGAGCUGACUCUCCCUGAGGUCGACGACGAAUACAUCAUUUACAUUCAGUCCCUGAGUGAAGGAGGCCUGGGCCCUGCUUCAGAUGCCAUUCGAGUCCACCAGCUUAGUAUGAGUGCUCGUGGCUCAAGAGCCUUGAAUGCGGAAGGAUCUGUGCCCUCCCUUUUCCUUGCCAUUGCAAUAUCAACAAUCAGGUCGACACUGUGA